AUGCAAGAAAGUGCAGUGUUUACAAGUUUAACAUUUGAAGAAAUCUUGGACGAUUUAUCUAGUCGUUUUAUCAUCAACGUACCGGAAGCAGAACUUUCUUCAGUAGAGCGAAUUUGCUUUCAAGUAGAACAAGCACAUUGGUUUUAUGAAGAUUUUGUUCGAGAAUUAAGACCUGAAUUACCCUCUUUUCAACUUAAAAGUUUUUCUGCAAGAAAUAUCCUUUUCUAUAUUUAUAAAAAUAUAUUAUUCAUUUUAUUUUCAUUACUAUUAACUUUUCAUUGUCCACUUUUACAUCAAUGGGCUCAUGAACACGAACGCGCUUAUGCAGAUUUUAUGCAAUAUCGUUUCCGUAUUCCUGUUUGUGGUGCCAUUAUAUUGAAUACCACGUUAGAUAAAUGUGUUUUGGUUAAAGGAUGGAGUUCAAAAUCGGGAUGGGGUUUUCCAAAAGGAAAGAUCAAUCAAGAUGAAGAAUAUGAUAAAUGUGCAAUAAGAGAAGUUUUAGAAGAAACGGGAUUUGAUAUUGGUCCUUUAUUAAAAAAAACAGAUUAUGCUGAAUUAACCAUGCGUGAACAACGUAUCCGAUUAUAUAUAAUUCAGGGAGUACCCGAAGAUACGCAAUUCAUACCAAGAACAAGAAAAGAGAUUAGUCAAAUUUCCUGGGUUAAAUUAGAAGAUUUGCCAACAUAUAAAACUACUGAAUCAUCAACAAGGAAUAAUAAUUCAAAUCUAAACUAUGUAAAAUCAGGGCCUUAUCGUUUUUAUAUGGUUGUACCAUUUAUAAAGUAA